AGGAUCUCAUAAAAUAAAACUUUUAGUAAUAGGAAAACCGAAAUUUUAUCUGUCCCGUAAACUACAGAAAUUCAAAGUCUGCUUGGAUGACUUCUUCCAUUUUUAAAGAAUGGUUUCACAACUGUUUUGUGCCAGAGGUGACAGAUUUUUUAAAGAAGAAAGGAUUACCAGUAAAAGCUUUACUCCUAAUAGAUAAUGCCCCAUCCCAGCCACCAGAAUCCGACCGAUGGUUCCAUAGAAGCUAUGUUCAUGCCUCCAAAUGUAACGACUCUGAUCAGCCAAUGGAUCAAAAUGCAAUUAGAAUCACCAAACUUCAUUAUAAGAACAGUCUUCUGGCAACAAUUAUUGCAAAAGAGGGGGAUUUGCUUGAAUCGAUGAAAAAAAUCACACUUAAAGAAGGAGUUUCUUUUCUAGAGGCAUCCUGGAACCGAGUUGGUAAAAAAAACUUUAUCUAACUGUUGGAAAAAUAUUUUGAAUAUGGUAAAUGAUGAAGACGAUCCUGAAUUUAAUGUUUCUUUGAGCGUUUUAAAAGAAAAGUGGCAAUCAGAGGUUAGAUCUUUAGAAAAUACUGCUGCAGAUCUUCUACAGACAUUGUGCCCUAGGAAGUAUUUACUGCUGUAAACAUUAGAGAUUGGAUCAAUAAUCCUUGUGUGGACGUCACAACAUUUGAUGAAAAUGAUUUAAUUGAAGAGUCCGACGAUGAUGACGACUGUUUUAUUGAAGCGCCUGAAAACAAAAUUAAAGCCAAAGAUGCUGUCGAAAUUUUUAACAAAGCUGUCCAAUGGGCUGAAUUUCAAAUGGUCGAUCAAACUGACAUUAAAAAGAUUAUUUCCAUAUUUAAUUAUAUAUGUAUGUACCUAUCUUUUUUCAUUGUAAAUUUUAUUUAUUAUUUUGUGGUAAUAUUUUGUUUGUUUUUUAUGUACAUACUAAGAAUGUACUCAUUAUAAAAUGGAUUUUUAAAAACCUUUUAUGUUCCAAAUAAAUUACAAAAAGUUUUUUUAGUAAUCUUUGCAUUUUCA